AUGGGAAGCCCACUGCGGCUGCGGCCGGAGCUCUACUACCACCAUCAGCAGCAUCAGCAGCAUCAGCAGCGCGGGCACCGAGGCAGCCAGGCGAGCGCGAGCCCGAGCGAGCACGCGCCCUCCAGCCAUGCGAGCUGCUCGAGACUUCAUCCUCAGCCUCCUCUUCAUCUCCACCCUCCUCUUCCUCCUCCGCCUCCCGCUGCUGCUCAGUGCGACGCGGCCAUGAGCGGCUGCAGCCGGUAUAACGGCGGCGUGAUGCGCCGCAGCCUGCACGAGUUCGACUCCGAGUCGCAGCCGCUGAGGCCCGCGUGCGCCGGCGCGUGCGCCAGCGACGCCGCGCCGUACCCGGACGUCUCCGUGUCCUCCUCCAAGCCCGACGGAGGAGCAGGAGGAGGAGGAGGAGGAGGCGGGGGCGCGAGCGGCGGCGCGGCCGGGCAGCAGCGCGCCAAAUCGGGCAAGAAGAAGAACCAGAACAUCGGCCAGAAGCUCGGCCACCGCAGGGCGCUGUUCGAGAAGCGCAAGCGCCUCAGCGACUACGCGCUCAUCUUCGGCAUGUUCGGCAUCGUGGUGAUGGUCAUAGAGACCGAGCUCUCGUGGGGGGCGUACGGCAAGGACUCCUUGUAUUCGUUAGCCCUAAAAUGCCUGAUAAGCCUUUCUACAAUCAUCCUUCUCGGUUUAAUCAUCAUAUAUCAUGCCAGAGAGAUUCAGCUGUUCAUGGUGGACAACGCGGCGGACGACUGGAGGAUAGCCAUGACCUAUGAGCGAAUCUUCUUCAUCUGCCUGGAGAUCCUUGUGUGCGCCAUCCACCCCAUCCCGGGCAAGUACACCUUCACCUGGACGGCGCGCCUGGCCUUCUACUACACCUCCUCCAAGACGGACGCGGACGUGGACAUCAUUCUGUCCAUCCCCAUGUUCCUGCGGCUCUACCUGAUCGCCCGCGUCAUGCUGCUGCACAGCAAACUGUUCACGGACGCUUCGUCGCGCAGCAUCGGCGCCCUCAACAAGAUCAACUUCAACACGCGCUUUGUCAUGAAGACGCUCAUGACCAUCUGCCCCGGCACCGUGCUGCUGGUCUUCACCAUUUCUCUGUGGAUCAUCGCCGCCUGGACUGUGAGGGCGUGCGAAAGGUACCACGAUAACCAAGAUGUAACCAGCAACUUCUUAGGAGCCAUGUGGUUGAUUUCAAUCACUUUUCUAACCAUUGGAUAUGGGGACAUGGUUCCCAACACAUACUGUGGCAAAGGGGUGUGUCUCCUCACUGGCAUUAUGGGCGCUGGAUGCACUGCUUUGGUGGUGGCCGUGGUGGCGAAAAAACUGGAACUAACCAAAGCUGAAAAACAUGUACAUAACUUUAUGAUGGACACGCAGUUGACAAAAAGAGUGAAAAACACGGCUGCUAACGUUCUCAGGGAGACCUGGCUCAUCUACAAGAACACCAAGCUGGUGAGGAAGAUGGACCACGCCAGGGUCAGGAAGCACCAGAGGAAAUUCCUUCAAGCCAUUCACCAAGCUCGGAAAUUAAGAAGUGUUAAAAUGGAGCAACGGAAGCUGAAUGACCAAGCAAACUCUCUAGUGGACCUCGCAAAGACACAGAACAUCAUGUACGACCUCAUCUCUGACCUGAAUGAACGUGGAGAGGACACGGAGAAGCGGAUCGCAGUCCUGGAGACGAAGCUGGAGACGCUUCUGAGCAACCUGCAGGCUCUGCCAGGCCUCAUCAGCCAGCUGAUCAGCCAGCAGCACCGCGACUUCCUGGAGGUCCAGCUGCAGCCGUACGAGCGCUCGCAGUCGGUGUCCCGCCGCCGCUCGUCCUCCACCGCACCCCCCACCUCCUCGGAGAGCAGCUAGAGGCCGCCCGCGACUCCCUGGCCAUCGUAUGGCCGGCCAAGUCACAUUCUACUGUAAAGCCUUACGGUUUCAAUGACGCAUUAUCCACAAUUCUGAUGACAGAAUCUGAGCAGGGGGAUAAAUGCGGUUGAAAUGGCAUAAAACUUUCCUCAUGUUUUUUAUUUUUACCUCAGAAAUGUUAGCUUUUCUCUGCUGACAGGUUCACAGAGAACUACAAAGAUGGGGCUAUCGCGAGAACGAGUCGCCUCGUGAAAGCAGUGUCACAACCUCUAUGGCAUAAGAUAAUACUGUGCCAGAAUAGUGCUUCCUAACGGAUAUUCUGCUCUCUCUGCUUAUACAAAACGACGCUGAAUUCUUCCUUCAACCAGCAGGUGUUGCAUUUUUUGUUUGUUUGUUUGUUUGUUUACUUGUUUCUUUUUGUUGAGGAAAUGAUUGAGUGUGUCUGAAUCCAUGGUCAAAUGGGGAUUAAACAGCUGCUGACCCACAGAGCUAACAUACAGAUUUCCUGGACUGGAGGACAAAAAUGUAUAUCUUUUAGGUUAGGAACAGCAUAAGCUACAGCGAUCUCCUUUCGAGCCCCCUUCAGAAGUGAUUAUUUUUGGGGCCAUAUUGCAAAACAAUUUACUGAAUGCAUCUAAAGCUAUACUUGCACUUUUAUGCACUUCGAUACUGACUGACUAUAAUAUGAAUUUGUGUUGCUCAUUAAAAUAACGGUAAG